AUGCACCGGACUUCUCAUCUUCGGCUUCGCCCGUGUAUGCCGUCGUCAUCGUCGUCGUCAGCAGCAGGAGCAGCAGCAGCGCGGCGCUGCGGUGGCCGAUGCCGUCUCCCGCGUAGCGCUCAACCGUGGAUGCAGCUGCUGCUUCUGAGUCUUGCUCUCUUUCUGUUGGGCGCCAUCGACUUCGCGCUGCCGCGUCGUUGCACCUCGUUGUUCUUUGUGAGGGCUGCAGGUGACGCCGAAGUUGCCAACGCCGCUGCCGCACCACCGCUGCUGGCGAUCACCGAGACGGCGCUCAUCUCAGUUGACUUCGGACAGGAGAGCAUGAAGGUGAGUGCCUGGCGGGCUCAGCAGCAAGCGCCGCGCAUCGGGAUGGCGGAGGGCGGCGAUGCGGCAACGGCGACAAGCACCGGGUCCGUGACAAUGGUACUUAACGAUCAGGCGAACCGAAAAAGUCCACCGUGCGUGGCGUUUCGCUACGUACGCGACCCGGCAGCGACCGCUGGCCGCGGUGGCGUCAGCACGGACGCAGGCCCGAGUGGACGCGCGGAUGGCGAGCAGCUCCCUGCGCAUCAUCCGUACACGGCACUGCAUCCGCGCGGCUACCAGCUAGAGCGAACCUUUGCCGAGCAGGCUCAGGCGCUGGCGCCGCGCUUCCCGGAGCAGGUCGUGUGCAGCGCGGCACAGCUGCUCGGCUGCGCAGCAGCCCCCACGAACGCCGCGGUCGUGGAAUCGAGGGCGUGUGCGCUGACGUCGGGGCAGCUGACGACGACGACGACAUACAGCUAUCAUGUGGUGCCCCUCACGGCACCACUAUCGGCAGGAACGACCACAGGGAACAGCAUGGAUGAGGCCCAGCAGCGGCGUGACAACGUCGUUGGACGUCAAGCUCUUGGCGUGUACGUGCCCUUCUUUACCACAAGUAACGCUCCUGGCCAGCAGUGGCGGUGGGCGGCAGGCGACCACAGCACUGGGGUCGCUGCCGCUGCCGCCGAAGAAGAAGCAGGGGUACUCUUCUCAUCGGAGGAGCUCACGGCCAUGUUGCUCGGCCACGCGCGUCGCAUGGCCGAGCAGAUGGACGCGGCCGAUAACACGCUCAGCGAAGAGGAUGAGCGGCUCUUGGCGGGCAUGCGGAAAAGUGCUCGCCGCGUUGAUGCCGCCGCAGGAGCGACGCGCGCGUCAUCCGCCAUCCGCUACGCUGCGCUGACCGUGCCCGCCCACGCCUCCGUCGCGCAGCGGCAGGCGCUCGUGGAUGCGGCGGCUCUGGCUGGCUUGCGUGUGGUGCGCCUCGUCCACAGCACGACCGGGGCAGCGGUGCAACUGGCUUACCUGAAGGCCGAGCAGGUGCUGACGGCGGACAGGGUGUCGUACGUCAUGAUCUACGACAUGGGCAGCCAGCACGCCGAGGUGGCCAUCUACAGCCUCGCGGCGCCGCCGGCGUCCGUGGCGAGCCGAGCAAGGCUGCGAGGCGAUGUGGUGAUGCAGGCGCUUGUCGGCAGUCGCACGCUGGGCGGCGCCGCCUUUGACGAGUGCAUUGCCAACCACUGGGACGCGCGGUACUUUGGCCGGCGCGUGAUGAACGGUGGCCUCGCGGCCGCGGGCGGCCGUGACGCGGCACGCCGCGAAGCAGCGAGGGAGCGCGGCAGCCUCCUCCGUGCCGCGCAGCGUGCGAAAGAAAUGCUGUCAGCCAACAACGAUGCACAUGUCACCAUCGACGGCGUCCGCGCCGAACCGUCGCAAUUCGACGCGGUGGGGCGGCAGGAGCUACAGCAGCGCCACGUCGCCGUCACGGCGGACGGCGGCCUGUUGAGCCUCCGCCUCACGCGCAGAGACUUUGAGGAGUGGUGCCGGCCUCUCUUCGACGCUGCCGUGGCGCUGCGAGACGAGGCCAUCGCCGCCACCGGUGGCGGCGUCAAGAGCCUCGGCGCGCUCGACCGCUUCGAGGUCAUCGGUGGCGGGACGCGAGUGCCGCGGCUGCUGCAGCGCCUCGGCGAGGGCUACCGCAGCGGCGUCGUGGAUCGCACCCUCAACAGCGACGAGGCGGCCGUCAUGGGCACAACGCUGCUGGCCGUGUCGAGCGCGCCGCGGACGCUUGGGCUGCGCCUCGGUCAGGCCCUGCCGCGUUACCACGUGCGCGAGUGGCUGACCAGCGCUGUCUACGCCUCGAUGGAGCUGCACAGCACAGGGACCGUAGCGGCAGCAGCAGCGCCAUCGGAGGUCCAGCUCCUGUUCGCUGCACGGAAAACAACCCUUCCGGCGACGCGCAGUGUGCGUGUGCGACUGCCGGAUGUGGAUGUGUCACCGGCCGACAACGUCGUCAUCACGUUGUACUCGGGUGCCGAGGCGGACAGCGCCUACGCCCACAGCACGCGCUCCGACGCGGCUGUCGCGGCGGACUCGGCGCGCGCUGCUGCCUCACCUACGUUGAUGGCGAACUGCACCAGCUGCUACGUGCGCACCUGCACCGUGGAGGGCGUGCGCAAGGCGGCGGAGCAGCUGCUCGCGCCGUACACACAGCAGAAGACUCAGCACGGCAGUGCGAGGCCACGCCGUGAGCGCGUUCGCCUGGCCGGUGCGGAGGUGGUCGUCGAGGUUGUCGCCACCGUCAGUGGCAUCCCGCACUGCAGCAUUGCUUACCUUCGUGCCGAGGUGGAGGAAGCGGGGGUGGACCCCAACGCCGCAGAGGGUAUCCAGGGCAGCAACGCAGCCGCAGGGGCAGCGACAGUGGCGUCUCUACCGAACAGCGAUCACGACGGCACAGCCGCUGGCGUGCCACCGGCCACGCAGCAUGACGAACCGAGCGAGGGCGUGAGAGACGAGCACGAGAUGAACGCCAACGAGGAAGAAGUGAAGCACACCGGCGCACGCGUGACCCCGAAGGGGACUGCCGAUCCCGCCACCGUCGACGCGACCGCGACGCCGCCGCCGCAAUGGCAGGUGCGCGUCAUUGCACUCUCUCUGCGUGUGUCGAGCGGCGCCGCCACGGCUGCCGCAGCGGUGCACGGACUAGGCUAUAACAUGGACUUCGCAGAGCUCACCUUCUCGCACCGGCGGGUGCGGCAGCUUCAAGCGCUGGAUGACGUGCGGCUGCGGCGCAGCACUCUGCGCAACGAGAUCGAGAGUGUGCUCGUGUGGAUCAAGGAGCACCACCCCACGUGGGACGCUGAAGAUGUGCAGGACGACGCCUCCCCGUCGUCUCUUGCUCUGCGGACGUGGCGCACCACCGUUCGUGAGGUAGGCGGGUGGCUCGACGACGUCGGCGACACCGCAAGCGCCACCGCGCUGGAGGAACGUCUGCGCAUCAUUGCCGGUGUCAAGGCAGCCUUGCGUGAGGCGGCCUGA